AUGCAUGUUUCCAGCGAGGCCGCUCGGCCCCCGACGAGCCUGGCCGAGCACCUGCGGUCUGCCGUCCCUCCGCAGGAAUACGAGGGCCUCAUCGAGUCGGUGCUCCCGACGCUGAUCGACUGCGUCGCGGACAUCGCGCAGGCGCUGAGGAGCUCGCACCGCGUCGUCCACGCGGGGGGCGCGAACGCCUUCGGCGACGCCCAGCUGAACGUGGACGUGGUGGCGGAGGAGCGCAUCCGGGCGGCGCUCGCGCGCUGCCCGUUCGUCGUCGCGGCCAGCAGCGAGGAGGACCCGGUCGAGCGCGCGACGGGCGCCGCGCCCGGCGGCGCGAGCGGCGAGCAGUACGCCGUCGCCUUCGACCCGCUCGACGGCAGCUCCGUCGCCGCGGCCAACUGGGCCGUCGGCACCAUCGUCGGCGUCUGGCGCGGGCGCACCGCGCUCGCCCGCCCGCCCGCCGCCCGCCUCGUCGCCGCCGUGCUCGCCGUCUACGGGCCGCGCACGACCGCGUUCGUGGCGCUGCGCGCGCCCGGCGGCGCGCCGACGUGCGUGGAGCUGGGCGUCGGCGGCGCGCGGGGCGGCGAGGUGUUGCGCGCGCAGGUGCGGCUCGCAGGCCCGCCGCCGCCGCCGCUAGCGCGGUACUUCGCGCCGGCGAACCUGCGCGCCGCCGCGGAGAGCCCCCGGUACAUGGCCCUGGUGGCGCACUUCGCGCGCGAGCGCUACACGCUGCGGUACAGCGGCGGGCUCGUCCCCGACGUCGCCCACGCGCUGGUCAAGGGCCACGGCAUCUACGUCUCGCCGGCCACGGCCGCCAGCCCCGCCAAGCUGCGCCGCCUCUACGAGCUGCUGCCCCUCGCCCUCGUCGUCGAGUGCGCCGGCGGCCGCGCCAUCGACCCGGCCGACGGCCGGCCCGUCAUGGAGGUCCCCGUCCGCGACACCGGCGAGACUGCCGGGCUGGUGUGCGGGACGCCAGAGGACGUCGAGUUCGUUAAGAGGGCCCUUCUCGACUAA